AUGACCAUCGUGGCAUUGUCCGGCUGCACUCGUUCGGGCAAAUCGCUUUUGGCAAAGAUGUUGGAAAAGCAUUUGGACGAUGUGAAGGUGGUGCACCAGGAUGAUUUCUGGUACCGAAGUGUUGCAGUGGAGGUGAACGGUCGGCCACGCCGAAGCGAGGAGGAGCCCAGUUGCACAAAUUUUGAUGCCAUGCGGCAGUGCGUGGAAGAGAUGGCAAAAUGCCACCGCAUUGUGAUUGUCGAGGGUUUUCAGGUCCUUUAUGAUCCAAAGUUGCGUGAGCUUUUCGACCACAUGAUCCAUUUGGACCUGACCUUCGACGAGUGUCUCCAUCGCAGAACUGCAGCCCGCAGCCCGCUCAAUCCAAAUCCUCUUUCUCCGCAAGAUGUGGUGGAUUUGGCUGCGCGGCGACUGAUCGGGAUGUUCACCUUCAAAUCUUUUGAAUUUAGGAAUAGAAUUUGGCAUGUCACAUCAUUUGCUUCCCCACGAAUCACUGUACAGCUGCCAAGUUUCGCAUGUGCUCGCCACACGCAUCCUCUCUGAACAGAUCUUCUUCGCCCUUUUUACGUGGCGUGAAUGGCUGGUUUCCGCAGACAGUUGCUCUGAGGUUUGGCCGGCUCAUGAGCGGUACAUGGAGAUAGUCGCG